CUGUUGGGCGCCGGAAGAGGACGGACCUAAGAUGGCGGCGCCCACGAGUGCCAGGAAGAGCCGCUCAUGUCGGGGAACGGAGCGGUGUGGGGUCGCGUGCGAAGCCGUCUCCGCGCCUUCCCCGAGCGCCUGGCGGCCUGUGGGGCCGAGGCCGCGGCCUACGGCAGGUGCGUGCAGGCGUCCACGGCCCCGGGCGGCCGUCUGAGGAAGGACCUCUGCGCGCAGGAGUUCGAGGCCCUGCGGAGCUGCUUCGCCGCCGCGGCCAAGAAGACCCUGACGGGAGGCCGCUAGGAAGGACCAAAUGCUCCACUUCACGUCCCGGGUGCGUGGCACGGACGGCCCCCAGGGGCAGACAUCUAACACCUCGAAAGCUCUUGGGACUAAAAGGCCCAGAAGGCGCGAGCAGAGGGGAGUGGGUUUUCCAGCCUCGCGCAAGUGAGGGUUUGGAGUAGAACAAGAUGCAGGGAACCAACAGUAAAGCGCAGUCAGGCGGCACCAGAUCUGUUUUGUUGUCUGCAGGGUGAGCGUGUGGGCCUGGAACACGCUGCUUUACCAGUCUCACUUUUUAAAGAAUCUUCACCAAAAGCA